AUGAGUUUUCUGAGGAAACUCACAACACGCAAGUCUGUAUCGAACACUAAUCCUGCACAAAUACACCAAAGCGUCGCCCAGAUGGAAGACACCCCACCAGCAUAUUCGACCACGGCCACAAGCUCAGCACAAGGCGACUCACCCUACGCGUUUCUCAGUACUUUUGAUACGUGUUUCCUUAUAGACGAUAGCGGAUCGAUGAGUGGUCGAAAUUGGCGAGAGACAGCAGCAGCACUGAGCGCAAUUGCUCCUAUCUGCACUGAACAGGAUGCUAAUGGCAUCGACUUAUAUUUUCUUAACCACCGCAAUCCUUUCGCUAGCACCAGCUUGGGCGCUUACACAAACGUCAUAUCUACUGCUUCAGUGCUCGAGAUCUUCCGAGUCGUGACGCCAAAUGGAGGCACGCCAACUGGGGCUCGGCUGAACAAAAUCAUCCAGCAGUACAUCGAGGAGUUAGUGAAGAAGCAAAAGCAAGGACGUGAAGCCUCACUCAAACCUCUCAACAUCGUUGUCAUUACCGACGGAGUUGCAAGCGACGACGUCGAAUCAGUGAUCGUCAGUGCCGCCAGGAAACUCGAUACUAUAGGCGCGGAACCUUGGCAGGUGGGUAUUCAAUUUUUCCAAGUCGGACAGGAGAGGGACGCAGCGGCUGACCUCAAGGAGCUCGACGAUGCUUUGAGCGAGAUACAUGGGGUGCGCGAUAUGGUCGAUACAGUGCCUUGGAGUGGUGUGGACGGAGCUAUCCUGACUGCGAAAGACAUCAUGAAAGUUACAAUGGGCGCCGUCAACCGGAAGUUGGAUAGAAAAAGGGUCAUUGACAGUUCAUCUCGAGGACGAUAG